UUAGCUACCAAGGCAGAAUUCUCUGUAGGGAAUCGUGUCUCCUCCUGAGGAGCUCCCUCAGGAACAGAGGCAGGAGACAUGUUGUAAUCUGUGUGGCGCUCUUUGUGAAUGGGGCAUCCUUUCUCUGAUGUCACCACUCUUCCCUGGUGGGCCCAACCAUGGCAGUCUGAAUGCUUAUGAGACCUUUGGUGACCAACUCUGUGAAGAACAAGAGUCUUAGUAAGCAAGAGAUGCUGUCAGACGACCAAGAGAAUGAUAUCAUCAUUGAGGUGGAAAACGUUCCCUCUGGGGUUCAAAGGCACUUAGCCUCAAGUCAGAUCACUCUGAGAAAGUCAACAGCAAACCCGACCUUCACCACACUUUCCUCUUCAACUGCGGACACCGUAGACUGUCAGAUUUUCAUCCAUGGGAAUGACAGAAGGCACAACCGAUUGUUGAGGUUUUCAUCUCUGAAUGAAUCAAUCUCUCAGAUCUAUCAUGGCCCAGAGUGCCUGGGCAUGGAUGAAACCUGUACUUUUCAUGAAACUGUUCAAGGACAGAAACUAAUUGCAUCCCUGGUUCCCAUGACAUCUAGAGACAGAAUCAAAACCAUCAGGAACCAGCCGAGGACCAUGCAGGAGAAGAGGGAGCUUAGAAAAAUAGUUGACAAAGAGAAGAACAGACAGUCCCAUGGCACCCUCGAGGCCAACUGCUGUGCCCAGUGUCUGAGCUCCCUUUCGCUGGCUUACCGCAGAACCAAGAGCAGCCUUUCAGAGCUCCUCAAUUACAUCAGCUUGUGGCAGAAGAGAUUCAAGGUCAUCGGAGGCAAGUUUGGAACCAGCGUCCUGUCCUAUUUCAGCUUCCUGAGGUGGCUUUUGAAGUUCAACAUCUUCUCAUUCGUCAUGAACUUCAGCUUCAUCAUCAUCCCACAAUUCACCGUGGGUGAGAAGAACACCCUCCAGUUCACUGGCUUGGAGUUUUUCACUGGGGCGGGUUAUUUUAGGGACACAGUGAUGUACUAUGGGUUCUAUACCAACUCUACAAUCCGGCAUAGGAUGGGAGGAGCAUCCUACAACAUGCAGCUGGCCUACAUCUUCACAAUCGGAGCCUGCCUGGUCAUCUGCUUCUUCAGUCUACUCUUCAGCAUGGCCAAGUACUUCCGGAACAACUUCAUCAACCCCCACAUAUACUCCAGAGGGAUUGCCAAGCUCAUCUUUUGCUGGGACUUCACUGUCACCCAUGAAAAAGCUGUAAAGCUAAAACAGAAGAAUCUGAGCACGGAGAUCAGAGAGAACCUGUCUGAGAUCCGCCAGGAGAACGACAGGCUCACACUCAACCAGCAGCUGACCCGAUUUUCUGUUCACGUAGCUGCUUGGCUCGUCUCCACUGGAGUGACUGUAGCCUGCUGUGUAGCUGUAUACUACUUGGCUGAGUAUAACUCUGAGUUCCUGAAGACGCACAAGAACCCUGGGGCGGUGUUGUUACUGCCCUUUGUUGUGUCCUGCAUCAACCUGGCUGUGCCUCGCUUCUACUCCAUGUUUCGCCUGGUGGAGAAGUAUGAAAUACCGAGACAGGAAGUCUACGUCCUCUUGAUCCGAAACAUCUUUCUGAAGAUCUCUAUUGUUGGAAUUCUUUGUUACUAUUGGCUCAACAUCGUGGCCCUGUCUGGCGAAGAGUGCUGGGAGACCCUCAUUGGCCAGGAUAUCUACCGGCUCCUUCUCAUGGACUUUGUGUUCUCCUUGGCUGAUUCCUUACUGGGAGAGUUUCUGAGGAGGCUCAUUGGCAUGAAAUUCAUCACCAGUCUCAGCCUACAGGAGUUUGACAUCGCCAGGAAUGUUCUAGAACUAAUCUAUGCACAAACUCUGACCUGGCUUGGAAUUUUCUUCUGUCCUCUGCUGCCUUUUAUCCAAAUGAUCACUCUCUUCAUUAUGUUCUAUGUCAAAAAUGUCAGUCUGAUGAUGAACUUCCAGCCUCCAAGCAAGGCCUGGCGGGCCUCACAGAUGAUAACCUUCUUCAUUUUCUUGCUCUUCUUCCCGUCCUUCACGGGAGUGCUAUGCACCCUGGCUAUCACCAUCUGGAGACUGAAACCUUCGGCUGACUGCGGCCCGUUCCGAGGUCUACCUUCCUUCAUCCAGUCCAUCUACAGCUGGAUCGACACCCUGAGCCGCAGGCCAGGCUACCUGUGGGUCGUCUGGAUCUACCAGAACCUCAUUGGAAGUGUCCACUUCUUCUUCAUCCUCACCCUCAUUGUGUUAAUCAUCACCUAUCUUUACUGGCAGAUCACAGAGGGGAGGAAGGUCAUGAUCCGGCUACUCCAUGAACAGAUCAUCAAUGAGGGCAAAGAUAAGAUGUUCCUGAUAGAAAAAUUGACCAAGCUGCAGGAUAUGGAGAAGAGAGCCAAUCCCAGUGCACUUGUCCUGGAAAGGAGAGAUGUGGAGCAACAAAGCCCUUUGCAUUUGGAGGAACUUGGUACUGCUCCUGACCUACGAUUGAGGCGGUCAGUGCAAGAAGAGAAUCCCAUAGCCUGAUCUCUCUUGUGGAAACCAGAUACUGGUCAAGGGGAAAGAAGAUAAAUGUGAGAAUACCUCUGUGACCGCUGGGCCUCAGGAGCUUCCCAGGAGUGGACUCCAAGCCUGAGGCAGAGAGGAGGCCGAUCCACAGUGCGAACAGCUCAAUGAAAGAGGGCAUGCUUUACUUCCAACCAGAACUGCCGGUUUUCCUUCCAAAACAAAAUACUUGGAAUUUUUCUAUUAAAACUGUUAAAAUGUUGAAAUUAUUCCACAAACACCUGGGAAGAAGUUACCUGGGAAUGUUGCAUUUUUAUCUUUAAGAAAUAUAUGUCUGCAUGUUGGGGCCUUUACGAUUCUCUUCUCAGACCUGGCAAAGGUUUAGAAACUGGUGCUAACAAUAAUGGUUCAUAAUGAAUAAAAAUGUGAUCGUCAAUUUGG